UUGGCGGCAGUCUCAAGGCUGGUCACUGGGCAUUUAGUUGAGGCUGAUUAGGUGUUUACUUCAGGCUGGUUAGGUGUUGUAUUUCAGCCUGUUUCAGCCUGACGUUUAGUUACUGUCCACCCUUUAGGUUCCCCGUGCUCGGCGCAAACCCUGAAGUUCCUGAAACUCGGUUAUCUUGAAGUGAACCCUAGGUUCGGGUCGAAAGCCCUAGAGCUGUUGCCAGCUCACCUACUUGGUACUUCGGCAUAAGCCGCUCCGUUACUGCCAGUGGUUGGACGCGUGGCCAUGACGGCCAAAGAUGUGGACCCCGCAUUUCACGGGCUCAGCCAUAAACCGGGGUUGGAGGUGUGGCGAUUGGAGCAGGACGGAGUGGUCCCUGUUCCCAAGGCCGACCAUGGCAAAUUCUACACCCGAGACAUCUACAUUGUGCUCAAGACGUCAGGCAGCAAGGCAGCAGGCGGCGUCGCCCACGCUGUGCACUACUGGCUGGGCAAGGGAACCACCCCGGAGGACGCAGCCCGGGCGGCGCUGAAGGCGCUGGACCUAGAUAUUGCCGUGGGCGGCAAGUCAACGCAGCACCGGGAGCGGCAGGGGCACGAGUCGCCGCUGUUCCUCUCCUACUUCCGCCCGUGCAUCAUCCCCGUGGCGGGGGAAAAGGGCCAGGCGGACCCUGCUUCGGCCGAGCCUAGUCUGUACCAGGUCAAGGGGCGGCGCUUCCUGCACGUCAGACAGGUGCCCUUCGCCCGUUCCUCCCUCAACCACUCGGACGUGUUUGUGCUGCACGCGCCCACCAAGCUCUUCCAGUUCAACGCAGCCAACUGCUCCAAGCAGGACCGCGUUCGAGCCACAGACGCCACCCUGCUGCUCAAGCAGCAGUCUCCCAAUGGCAGCAUGCCCGUUGCUGUUAUUGACGACGGCAAGGCGGACGAUGCGAGCUCCAGCGAGUUCUGGGACCUGUUUGGCGGCUUUGCGCCCAUCGCCAAGAAGGGGGCGAGCGAAGAUGAUGUGGAGGCCAAGGCCGUGCCACCGACCCUGUACCUAGUCUCUGCCAGCGGGCUGCAGGAGCAAGCCAAGGCGCCACUCAAGAAGAACAUGCUGGAGGGCGGCAAGUGCUACCUGCUUGACACGGGCCCGAGCCUCUUCGUGUGGUUCGGGAAGAUCGCCACCGUGCCUGACAAACGGGCUGCUUGUGUUGCUGCAGAGGCGUAUCUGUCGUCAGCCAGCAAGCCCCCCUGUGUGCAAGUCACUCGAAUGAGCGAGAGGGCCGAGACCGUUGCGUUCAAGGCUGCCUUUGCGGAGUGGCCGCUUGCCCCUGUGAUGGGCGGCGGGGAGGGUGGGGCGAGCAAGCUCAAAGUUGCCUGUGUUGUGGGCCGUAGGGAGGGCGGCACAGGCAGGCACAGAAGCAGAAGCAGCAGCAGCAGCAGCAGCAGCAGCAGCAGCAGCAGCAGCAGCAGCAGCAGCAGCAGCAGCAGCAGCAGCAGCAGCAGCAGCAGCAGCAGCAGCAGCAGCAGCAGCAGCAGCAGCAGCAGCAGCAGCAGCAGCAGCAGCAGCAGCAGCAGCAGCAGCAGCAGCAGCAGCAGCAGCAGCAGCAGCAGCAGCAGCAGCAGCAGCAGCAGCAGCAGCAGCAGCAGCAGCAGCAGCAGCAGCAGCAGCAGCAGCAGCAGCAGCAGCAGCAGCAGCAGCAGCAGCAGCAGCAGCAGCAGCAGCAGCAGCAGAAGCAGAAGCAGAAGCAGAAGCAGAAGCAGAAGCAGAAGCAGAAGCAGAAGCAGAAGCAGAAGCAGAAGCAGAAGCAGAAGCAGAAGCAGAAGCAGAAGCAGAAGCAGAAGCAGAAGCAGAAGCAGAAGCAGAAGCAGAAGCAGAAGCAGAAGCAGAAGCAGAAGCAGAAGCAGAAGCAGAAGCAGAAGCAGAAGCAGAAGCAGAAGCAGAAGCAGAAGCAGAAGCAGAAGCAGAAGCAGAAGCAGAAGCAGAAGCAGAAGCAGAAGCAGAAGCAGAAGCAGAAGCAGAAGCAGAAGCAGAAGCAGAAGCAGAAGCAGAAGCAGAAGCAGAAGCAGAAGCAGAAGCAGAAGCAGAAGCAGAAGCAGAAGCAGAAGCAGAAGCAGAAGCAGAAGCAGAAGCAGAAGCAGAAGCAGAAGCAGAAGCAGAAGCAGAAGCAGAAGCAGAAGCAGAAGCAGAAGCAGAAGCAGAAGCAGAAGCAGAAGCAGAAGCAGAAGCAGAAGCAGAAGCAGAAGCAGAAGCAGAAGCAGAAGCAGAAGCAGAAGCAGAAGCAGAAGCAGAAGCAGAAGCAGAAGCAGAAGCAGCAGCAGAAGCAGAAGCAGCAGCAGCAGCAGCAGCAGUUGUAGUUCUAUGCUGCGGCAAUCAGGCAUGGUGGAUAAGGCUGUAGCAAGGGGGUCGUCAGGAGCAGCAGCAGCAGCCGAGGCACCACCACCUCCCCUGGCGGAUGUCGCCGGGGAGAUGAAGGUGUGGCGGCUGAACGGCAGUAACAAGACAGCUGUGCCAGCAGAGGAGGUGGGGCGGUUCCACAGCGGCGACUGCUACAUCAUACAGUACACGUUCACGCGCGACCGCAAGUACGAAUAUGUGGUCUUUCUGUGGGUCGGCCGGGACAGCACCCAGGAGGAGAGGACGUCAGCACUGGCUGCAGCCACACGGGCAGCAGACGCCCUCAGGGGAAACGCCACUCUGGUGCGAGUAGUGCAGGGGAAGGAACCCGAGCAGCUCAUUUCCCUGUUCAAGACCAACCUCUUUUUCCUCAAGGGCGGCAACAGUGCGAGCUACAAGGCGGACGCCACCGCCGCUGACAACACGUACGACCCGGCAGGCGUGGCUCUGUUCCGCGUGCGCGCCCGGGGGGCGGCGUCCACUGGAGGGAGCGGUGCGGGGCUGUUCAAAGCGGUUCAGAUGGAUCCGGUGGCCAAGUCGCUCAACUCUGAGGACUGUUUUGUGCUGCAGACGCCCACUAGCUCGUUUCUGUGGCUUGGCAAUGGCAGCAGUGCGGCUGACAAGGAUGCGGCUGCUGCUGCUGCUGAAAUCAUCAAGCCUGGAGCGUUGGUGAAGCAGGUGGCAGAGGGCAAGGAGACGUCGGUGUUUUGGCAGCACGUGGGCAGCAAAGGGGAGUACCCUGCAGCGAGGGAGGGGAAGGAAGUAGCAAGGGACGGCCGCAUGUACCAAGUCACAGGGACUGCCAAUGCGUUCAAGGUGCUGGAGGUACCUAACUACAGUCAGGAGGACCUCAUUAGCGAGGAUGUGAUGCUGGUGGACGCACACACAGAGGUAUUCGUGUGGGCGGGGGUCAACGCGCCGGACAAGGAGAAGAAGGAUGCUCUUGACUACGCGCUGCGCUACCUGGAGCAGGUGGCAGCAGCGGAGGGGCGGUCCAGAGACACCACGGUGGUGAGGGUGGUGGAGGGGUACGAGCCCCCCAUGUUCACCGCUCUCUUCCCCCACUGGGACCACGCCGCCAGCGCGGCGCUAGCGGACCCGUAUGAGCGAAAGCUCGCUCUGCUGCAAGGGAGAGCACUGGAGCUCUCAGAUACUGCCAAGCGCCGCCUCGCAGCUCUCUCCCACCAAUCCCCCUCCGCCACCUCCUCUUCCUCCACCCCCCACUCCUCCUCCACUCCCCACUCGCCCCACUCCAAGCCCCCCCUCUCCCUCACCAUCUCCCCUGCGCUCAUCAAGGGCCUGGCUGGGAGAACUGCCGUGGGGCCAACGGGCCUUUCUCCUGGUCCGUCCCCCUCCACCCAGCGUGCUGCUGCCAUGGCUGCUCUGACAGGGACGCUCAAGGGGGAGCCCAGAAUGGCGCACUCUGCGUCGGUUACGGCUCCUCACUCCGAGGUGGAGCCGCUCAAGCUCUCCAAAUCAGGCUCGGUUUCGGGCUCUGUGCCCGAGGGGGGUAGCGAGGAUGACAAUAGCGAGGACGAGGUUGACGGGAAGAAGAGUGGUGCUCGUGCUGGUGCUGGUGGUGGUGGUGCUGCUAGUGGUGCUAGUGGUGCACCAAUUGGGGAGGAGGCAGUGGAGGGGGCGACGUACGCGUUUGACAGGCUGAUUGUUGACAGCAGGAACCCGAUUCGAGGGAUUGACACUGCUAGGAGGGAGUCGUACCUGUCGGACGCUGACUUCCGCCGCAUAUUCGGGUACGACAAGAGCAAGUUCUAUGCGCUGCCCAAGUGGAAGCAGGACCAGAGGAAGCGCGCCCUGGGGCUCUUCUAGUAGAUCGUUGUGCCCGCACAUACUUCAUUGUGUAUGUGUUUGUGUUCCUAUCUUGCGAGAAAGACAAUGCCAACGGUUAUGCCUCCCUCUCAAGUGGAUGUUGAGCUAUUGAAAAUUAGCCCUCCGGCUUGUCUUUAGGUGGAGUUCAAGUAGAUGCCGAACAAUAGACAUCUCGCAAGGCUUAUUUAGCCGAGUCAGGGGACAUCUUAGGCGUCCCUCCCUACAAAUCGUCAGAUUCAACAUUCGGCUAGGCAGAAGUUUUUCCUUACCAAAACCUGUGCCUGGGCUCCCCCAGGCUUCCCCUUAGUUCGUUGGCUUAGCAUUAGUCCACUUCCACAUAAUGUUGAUAUGGUAGGCGUCUAUAUUGCUGUUGAUAUGCUGGAGAGGGGAUUUGCAUGCAUGCUGGAGAGGGGAUUGGCUUAGCAUUAGUCCACUUCCACAUAAU